AUGUCCUUCAGACAGAUCCUGCCCACCGUCCCCCGCGCACUCCGCUCCUCCGCCGCCAGACUCUCCCCCAAGCAGGCCUACUCCAUCCUCACCGCCCGGCCAGCCCCCUCCCCCCGCCCUGCCCCCUUCAACCAUACCCAGACCAGGGGCCUCAAGACCCUCGACUUCGCCGGCCACAAGGAGGUCGUCUACGAGCGUGCCGACUGGCCCGCCGCCAAGCUCCAAGAGUAUUUCAAGAACGACACUCUUGCCAUCAUCGGAUACGGCUCUCAAGGACACGGCCAAGGCCUCAACGCCCGCGAUAACGGCCUCAAUGUGAUCAUUGGUGUCAGAGAAGGUGGGGCCAGCUGGAAGGCUGCCGAAGCCGACGGAUGGGUUCCCGGCAAGACUCUGCUUCCGAUCAACCAGGCCCUCGAGAAAGGCACGAUCAUCAUGAACCUCCUCUCGGAUGCCGCCCAAUCCCAGACAUGGGAGUCCAUCAAGCCCUUCCUCACCAAGGGCAAGACCCUCUACUUCUCCCACGGAUUCUCCGUCGUCUACAAGAACGACACCGGCGUCGUGCCCCCCAAGGACAUCGACGUCAUCCUCUGUGCCCCCAAGGGCAGCGGAAGGACCGUCCGAACCCUCUUCCAGGAGGGCCGCGGCAUCAACGGUAGCGUCGCCGUAUGGCAAGACGUCACCGGUAAGGCCAAGGAAAAAGCCGUCGCCCUCGGCGUCGCCGUCGGCACCGGCUACUUGUACGAGACCACCUUCGAAAAGGAGGUCUACUCCGACCUCUACGGAGAGCGUGGGGUCUUGAUGGGUGGAAUCCAGGGUAUGUUCCUCGCCCAGUACAAGGUAUUGCGAGAAAACGGUCACAGUCCCUCGGAAGCCUUCAACGAGACCGUCGAGGAGGCCACUCAAUCCCUCUUCCCUCUCAUUGGCGCCCACGGUAUGGACUACAUGUAUGCCGCCUGCUCGACGACCGCCCGUCGGGGAGCGUUGGACUGGGCGCCCAAGUUCGAGGCGGCCAACAAGCCGAUCUUCGAGGCGCUCUACAAGUCGGUCAAGAACGGCGACGAGACCCGACGCUCGCUCGAGUUCAACGGCCGCAAGACUUACUCGGAGGACCUCGCGAAGGAGCUCGCUGAGAUCGACGCCCAGGAGAUCUGGAGAGCCGGGAAAACCGUCCGAGCCCUUCGUCCGGAUACCAAGAAAAACUAA